AUAUUUGGAAAACACUCAGAAAAGUUUUAUAACAUAAAAUUUUAAGAAAGUAAAGGUUGCUUUGCUGGUGUGACAAGGUUAGAAACCGUUGAAAAUGUAUCUAAGAAUGUUGUUAAUUUUUAAAAUUUAAAAAUUUGCUGGUGUGACAAGGUUAGAAACAGUUGAAAUGUAUCUAAGAAUGUUGAUAAUUUUUAAAAUUUAUUGAUUGUUGUGAGAAAUCACAAAGCUGUUUUAAAUUGAAUGCCUCGGUAUUAUGCCCAUUCUUUCCACUAGGUUACCACCAAAGAACAUAAUUUUGGGACUCCCAUUUCUGAAGCUGAAAAAUACCACAAUACUCUCCAGCUAGAAUAAAAAACAUGGAAGCUGAAGUUCCAAGAGGAUAAAGAAUUAUGAUACUGAACUAAUGAGUGACAGAGCUAGGAUUUCUCUGAGCUCCCAAGUUAGCUAAGAUUUGAACCCAGUUCUCUGAACUCCAAAUUCAGUAUUGUUUGUCUUCUCCUGGUGCCUGAUCUGUGGUGUAGCUAUUAAUAAAUGCCAUUAAAGGAAAGAGAGUCUUUUGGGAAGAAGGAGUAGACUUACUUCCCUAUUUCUCCUACGAAGUACAGCUAAAACCCUGAACGUUACAUAUAAAGCAAGCAGAACACUGAUAGGUGGGAAGAAGAAGGAAGACCGACUAGGGGCCUCAACACAGUGAAUGACACGAUUGAAUUCAUUUGACAGCAAAAUAAUAUGAUUGUAUUGGAAGAUACAAUAAAAAGACUUAGAUCUGUAAUUUUAGAGAUUGAAAAAGCACAAAAUAAAUCUCCUUCCAGACUUGAUUCCUUUGUCAAGAAUUUAGAAGCAGACAGAGAUUACUACAAGAGUGAAGCUCAAAACUUGAGAAAGAUGAUUAGAAGUAGAUCUGAAAGCCCAAGACACCCCUCUCCAUCUUCCUGGGGUACAAACUGUGAUGUAGAACUUUUGAAGACAAGAGACCAUGAAGAACUUAAAUGCGUGCUGGAAAAAUAUGAGCGUCAUUUGGCAGAAAUUCAGGGUAAUAUCAAGGUUCUUACAUCUGAAAGAGACCAGACCUUUCUUCUUUAUGAACAGGCACAGGAAGAAAUUGCUCAACUUCGACAAGAAAUGAUGAAAAGCUGUCAGUCUCCUAAAACAACAACAGCACGUGCCAUCCACUGGCGGGUGGAGACUGAAAGAGAUGUAGCCUUCACUGAUUUACGAAGAAUGACCACAGAACGAGAUAAUCUGAGGGAAAGGCUAAAGAUUGCCCAAGAGACAGCAUUUAAUGAAAAGGCUCACUUGGAACAGAAGCUGGCAUGUAUAAUUCCUAAACAUGAUGAUGAAUGUAUGGAGCAAAUGUCAAAUAUGACUUUGAUGAAGAAAACCAUAACCACUGUGGAAAAAGAAAUGAAAUCACUAGCAAGAAAGGCAAUAGAUUCCAAAAGUGAACUUGGCAAACAAAAAGCAGAGAAUAAUUCUUUGAGAUUUUUAUAUGAAAAUAUGGAAAAAGAUCUUUCUGAUACUCAGCAAUACCUUGCUAAGAAAAAAUAUGACCAGCGGCCUACUCAGGAGAAAAUUAUGUGCUUGAAUGAAAAUAUCGAUAAUUUUACAAGGCAAAGUAUUGCCCAGCGAGAAGAAAUCAGCAUUUUUGGUGCAACCCUCAACAAUCUGGCUAAAGAAAAGGAAUGCCUGCAAGCAUGCUUGGAUAAAAAAUCUGAGAAUAUUGGAGAGAGUUUGGCAAUGAAAGAAGAGGCUCUUUCAGGUGUGAAGAACAUCAUCACUGAGGCAGAACAGGCAUCAAGACAGUCCACUGAAGUGCUAAGUGUGUGUGAACAAGACAUUUCCAGAAUGCGUCGGCAAUUGGAUGAAACAAACGAUGAACUGGCUCAACUAGCCAGGGAAAGAGCUAUCUUGGCUCAUGAGAAUGACAAUUUCCAAGAACAGUUUUCUAAAGCUAAACACGAAAACCAGGUACUGUCUAAACAAUUGAAUGAUACUCAUAAUGAACUUAAUGAUAUAAAACAGAAAGUCCAAGAUACUAAUUUGGAGCUUAACAAACUGAAGAAUAUAUUAAAGUCUGAAGAAUCUCAAAACUGGCACAGGAUGGACCAACUCCAAAAGACCAAUGAAGAUGCUGAAAACUGGGAAAAUAAGGCCUGGCAAGCAGAGGCAGAAAACAAUACCCUCAAAUUAGAACUUACCACUAAAAAGGUCGAUGCCCUCAAUAGAGAGGUCGAGGAGCACUUAGAUGCAGAAAGGUCUUACAAGUCCCAGAUUUCUACCUUAUAUAAAUCUCUUGUAAAGAUGGAAGAGGAGCUUCAGAAGGUUCACUUUGAAAAAGUGUCUGCCCUUGCAGACUUGUCUUCCACAAGGGAACUUUGUAUUAAACUUGACUCCAGCAAAGAAAUUCUCAGUCAACAGCUGGCUGCUAAAGAUCAAGAAAUUGAAAUGGUGGAGAAUGAAUUAGAUUAUGCUCGUUCUGAAAUAGAACUCCUCAGGAGCCAGGUGACAAAUGAGAGAAUCUCCAUGCAGAAUCUAGAAGCUUUGCUGGUGGCCAAUCAAGACAAAGAAUAUCAGUCUCAGAUAGCACUUCAAGAAAAAGAAUCUGAAAUUCAUCUUCUGAAAGAACACCUUUGUUUGGCAGAAAAUAAAAUCGCCAUCCAGAGUAGAGAUGUGGCCCAGUUCAGGAAUGUCGUAACGCAACUGGAAGCUGAUUUAGACAUUACCAAAAGACAGCUAGGGACAGAGCGCUUUGAGUGGGAGAGGGCUGUGCAAGAACUUCGCUGCCAGAAUUACUCCAGUAAUGCUUAUCAUUUGAGUUCUACAAUAAAGCCAAAUACAAAAUGCCAUUCACCAGAACGUGCUCAACAUUGAUCUCCUGACUGAGGCCUAGAUUGAUUACUGGAAGAGCGAGUGGUUUAA